AUAGCCUUGGUUGUACCAACCAAGACUGUUCAGAUGAGGAAAACAGGCAAAGGACAACUUGAGAGAGCGACAUGCUGCUUCUGCUGCUCGCUACGCGCGGGUGUGGGCAUCCUCGCCGCGAACGAUCUGUUGCACACAGGCAUCUGGACAGCGUUCUACGCGAGAGGUUACGUCGAGAAAAUGCUGCAAACCGCCAUCGCGAUUGUGCAGUCGUUGUACGACAUGGACUGCAAAGAUGCCCCCGUUCAGACGGAAGACUGCCUGAAGCGCAGCCACGAGAUUGAGCAAAUGGAAUUCCAAGUCGAACUCUUCGAAAACCUCCCGGUCAUCGUGUACGUGGAAGCGGUCAUCGCCAUGAUCGCCGGCGCGGUCGGUCUAUUCGCUGUCUUCAAAUCCAACGCGCUUUCGGCCAAGAUUUACCUCUGGACGUGGCUGCCAAGGUUUUUCGUUGGCCUGGUGGCCAGGUACACGAUGCGUGCCGAGAUGAAGCAGUACGGGAUCGACAACAACAAUGAGCCGGGAGUCGUGAUUAACGAGCUUGUGACUGCGAUCUUCCUUCUUUACUACGUGAAGGUGACGUGGUCGUUCCACCAGAGGCUCAAGGCACGCUCUGGAAUCUCCUCCUCGACAUCUGGGGAUGUGGAGGGCAUCCGACUUGUCUAACUUAUUGGCAUGUUGCCACAGAGGUCGCCGUUUCGGUGGCGGCUCAAAAACAACGGUACAGUAGUCCAAGAGCGUCCACCACUUUUUUGUUGGGUGCCACACCAGCCAGCACUGCCCAUACACGUGCCACGUCGAUCCCGCCUUCUGCGCUCCAAGGAACACAUUUAAUAGCCUACGUAUUUUUAGCUCUUCGAUGGUUGCUUUGAAAAUGAGGUCAGUGUCUUUUGUCGUUGAUGUCAGUUGUUGGUCGGUCUACGAGUCUUGGUGUCGCUCGGUGUCAACGUAGUUUACUGCUAAGUGUAUUCUGGCGCCGGUCUACACACCCUCGUUGUAGUAGUUGUUUGGCGGAUCAGCUGGGGUCGCACAGGAGUAGGAAGGUCGUACUCGAGCCUUGUUUUUUCUGGUUCCUUUUUUUGUCGUCCUACCUUUCCUCCUGCGGUGCCUGCCUUAGUUUUCAGGGCGAGAAGGGUCCAGCCGUCCCUUUCUCUCGCUGACAGCGAAGUCGGAGUGUGCAUCGUCACGAAAUUUACUCGUGUUCGACCGCCAAUAUUGUUAUUUACUUUUCAUCGAUACUGUUGAGGAGAAUGGAACCCACACCCUCUAUUAGUAGCUACUACUUUGCUUGCGGUGUAGCCAACGUCAAGGAGAUCGCGGAUGCGGGAGAAGCACUAGACAGUAUGUGUCCGGGUUACCACCGGUAAGACUAUUGGUUUGAGAUGAUAUUCUCGCACAUACGAGGACUCGCGGUGUGCUUCCGGGUGUGAAAAGACUGCUCUUUUUGUGUUAGGUUAGUGACACAAGGCGGGCCUCCAUUCAUUGGUUCAAAUUUACGUAGCGCAACGUAAGCCUUAUUCGUGUACACUGGACACAGCUGAUAUGGUCACGCACAGUUUCCACCCUGUGGUGCCAUGAAAAAGCCCAUGCGUCUGUAGCGAGCUUCCUUGCGGUGCUUCCGUAUACUGGUACGGUAGUAUCUGGUGGGAAAUGGAACCUUCCUUCGGCUAAAUCGGGAGUGAGUCGGGAUCCUCCCUUCCAUGGUGGUGGAUAGAGCCAAACCCGCUAGACUCAGGCACGAAGGGUUAGCGUCUACCUGCACAACAGAGGUUGCGGA